ACCUACGUGACUGUCAACUUGUACCUGGACCAAGGAAGAUAUCUACCAGAACAGAACACUCACCAUGACAUCCUUCAAGGAGUAUCGGGUGUACAAUGCUCCAACUGCUGCUUACUACAUCCCCAAUUUUAUUACACAAGAGGAAGAGGACCGUAUUACACAGCACAUUUAUGCAGCUCCAAAGCAGUGGAAGGAAUUAGCACACAGAAGACUCCAGAAUUGGGGAGGGUUACCACACCCUAAAGGAAUGAUUGCUGAGGCUAUUCCUUCAUGGUUACAAGAACAGAUGGACAAGAUUACAGCUCUUGGUGCAUUUGGAGACAAGAAAGCAAACCAUGUACUUGUGAAUGAGUACCUUCCUGGCCAAGGAAUUAUGCCUCACGUAGAUGGCCCCAUGUUCUACCCCACCAUCACUACCAUCAACGUAGGGAGUCAUUCAGUACUAGAGUUUUAUACUCCUUUGAAUUCAAAUGAAGAGAUGGAAAACAAUCAGAACCUUUCCAUGCGACAUAUCGGCUCCCUCCUCUUAGAACCUCGAAGUCUACUCAUUAUUCAGGAAGAUUUGUAUACUACAUACUUACAUGGCAUCAGUCAAGUUACUCAAGAUACUGUGUCCCAAGAUAUGUUUAAUUUUGAAGAGUGUAAACCCAAGCUUGGGGAAGUUUUGACAAGAGAAACUAGAAUUUCACUCACUAUAAGACAUGUCCCUAAAGUUCUGAAGACAAAGUUAAUGCUUGGAAGGGGAAGAUAAUUAAUAUUUUAACUGAAGCUGUUUAAUGAUUACAUAUGUGACAAUUAGAAAUUAGAAUAUUUAAUUUUCCAGUAUAUUUUUGCCAACCCUUUCUGGUGCUCCCAUUUUGUGAACUGCUAUUGAGUGUUAUGUGUACAGGUCAAGGAUUCUUUAUCCCAAAUUCCCCAAAAUAAUUAAUGCAAUAACUGAGAUUUUUUUUUUAAUAGACCCAACUGUUACUGUAUGUGACUAUGAAGGAAUAUAUAACUGAGUAUUUUGGAUGAAAGAAUAAAGACCCUAAUAAAACCUAUUGUCAGUAAUUUAGAAUUGUGAAAAACUGUAUAUGUAAGUACAGGUUGAACUUGUAAGAUGUGAUGCAAGGAAACUGGGAGUACUGUAUGUGAAAACUGAGGUCAACUAUACCAUGUGGAUGGAGGCCAACAACACCACAGCUGCAUCAGGACUAAGACCAACCCCUCUUCAACCACAGUGAAAACUAUCAGACCCUAGUUAACUUGUAUGUUUAAUGUCAGACACAAAUUCCAAUCAUCAUCCCUCUACCCUUAUUUUUCCCUUGCACCUCCUCCCUGUACCUAAUACAUCACCUUUAGAUUUUGUUAAUACUAUAUUGUAAUUUUUGUGAAAUAAAUCUCCUAAGUA